ACAUACAUUCAUAAUGGCUGACGCUGCUCCCCGUGGACGUGGAGGUUUCGGUUCGCGCGGCGACCGUGGUGGUGACCGUGGCCGUGGCCGUGGUCGUCGUGGUCGCCGUGGUGGAAAGCAGGAGGAGAAGGAGUGGCAGCCCGUCACCAAGCUCGGCCGUCUCGUCAAGGCCGGCAAGAUCACCAGCAUGGAGCAGAUCUACCUGCACUCUCUCCCCAUCAAGGAGUACCAGAUCGUUGACUUCUUCCUGCCCAAGCUCAAGGAUGAGGUUAUGAAGAUCAAGCCUGUCCAGAAGCAGACCCGUGCCGGUCAGCGUACCCGCUUCAAGGCCAUCGUCCUGAUCGGUGACUCCGAGGGUCACAUUGGUCUCGGUAUCAAGACCUCCAAGGAAGUCGCCACUGCCAUCCGUGCCGCUAUCACCAUUGCCAAGCUGGCCGUUCUUCCCGUCCGUCGCGGUUACUGGGGUACCAACCUCGGUGAGCCUCACUCUCUGCCCGUCAAGCAGUCCGGCAAGUGUGGUUCCGUCGCUGUCCGUCUCAUCCCCGCCCCCCGUGGUACCGGCCUUGUCGCCUCCCCCGCCGUCAAGCGUCUCCUCCAGCUUGCUGGUGUCCAGGAUGCCUACACCUCCUCUUCCGGAUCCACCAAGACCCUCGAGAACACCCUCAAGGCCACCUUCGUUGCCGUCGUCAACACCUACGGUUUCCUUACUCCCAACCUCUGGAAGGACACCAAGCUCACUCGCAGCCCUCUGGAGGAGUUCGGUGAUGUCCUGCGCCAGGGUAAGAAGUACUAG